AUUCCGAUGCUAUUAUCAGUCUUACCGAGAGGCUGGCUCUAGAGACAGCGGGGCCGUACGAAACGCUAAAGGGCAGUUAAAAAAUCUGGUCCCAGUACUCGCUAUCUCGCCAGUGCCGUUGAGGCAAACUGAAAUAAAUCUAGUACCGCAGGGCAAGUACUUGGGGGACUACGUGCUUGCGUGCAUAGCACUUGAAGCAAUUUUGUUGUCUGAUCGAAAUUAACUAUCGCGGCACAUUUCUGCCUCAUCACGCUGGCCGCAAAGGCAACUUCACUAUGCUUUGCCAUCAAAGCUUGUAGUGUGUUGAAGACUGCAUCUGCUGCAUCCUGCUCUCUGCGACACCAUGUGCACCCAAGUACUCAGUUAAAUAUAAAAAAUAGAGAAAUAAAGGUAAAAAAGCGAUAAAGAAGAAGCCAUGAUAUCGCUACCGCGCUUAUCGCAACCAACGAUCGCAAUCGCAUCUCUAGCCGUGCGCGGCGCCAUCUUGGCUGUUCUCGGGCUGUGGUCACCCCUUUCAAACGAGCGCGAGACCAGUCUAAAAUUUAUUUACUCGGCCUUUAGACGUUCCAUUCUGUGCUUAGCGCUUUGUUUUUAUCACAGAAAUAUUUCCAUGCGUCGUCUGCAUACUAAAGAAGCCGGCAGGUUGGUCGCCAAUAAAGACGAAGCUUCUUGUUUUUAUGACGAAUGAUUUCGUUGUCCAUUGGCGCAGGUUUUCCAUAGUCAACCGGAGCCAAUCAAGAGAACCUCCCGCUGAACCAGUGCGCUUCUACGAAUCGCUGUAGGUGGGUCCCGAAGAGCAGGAGCCUGGCCUGACGGGCGGAGGGGGCAAGCAUGCAGAUGGAGCAGUACCAAGUGGUCAGCUCGGUCGGGGCAAGCCCCUCGCAGGGGCAGUCUCUGGCUGUGGCUGCCACUGACCAGCAGCAGCAGCAGCAGGUGGCCGUCAUGCAAUCCCUCUCGGGGACGCCCAUUGCCCAUGUUACCACCGCACAGCCACAGGUGCUGCAAGUCUCCCAAGGCAAUGGCCAGACUCAGCUGCUGCAAGCAGGCGGCCAGCAGAUCAUGGUGCAAACAUUGCCAAAUGGCCAGACUGCUGCCAUUCAGAUACAAGGCCAACCAGGCCAGCAGAUACCACAGCUUCAAGUGAUCCCCAUCAGCCAGCUCCAGGGACAGCAGGGCCAGCAGAUCAUUAUCCAGCAGCCCCAGCAAGGCCAAAUUCUGCAAACGUCAGAUGGACAAACACUCGUGUAUCAGCCUGUCACAGUCGAUGGCACCAACUUCGUGCAGGGCCCUGGAGGCAUAAUCCAGAUUCCUCAGGGGGCGCCACAAAUGGUGCAGGCAGCGCAGGCAACACCGCAGACCAUAACCCUGCCAUCUUCUGUGGGUGGAGGAAACAUAGUCAUGUUCCAACAGGUGAUGCCCAACCAUAAUGCCGUGGCAGCAGCUCAGGCAGCGAAUGCCGGGGCAGCAACCCUGCAGGCGGUACAGCGCAUCCCAUUGCCAGGAGCCACCACGACCACCACGACCGCCCCUGCUGACGUAGUGGAAGAGGAGCCUUUGUAUGUCAAUGCCAAGCAGUACCAUCGCAUCCUUAAGCGACGCCAAGCCAGGGCGCGACUCGAAGCCGAAGGUCGCAUACCCAAGGAGCGAAGGAAGUACCUACACGAGUCGCGGCACCGGCACGCCAUGAACCGGAUCCGCGGCGAGGGUGGGCGAUUUCAUUCGGGUAGCUCGCGCAAGGAUCACGGAGAGAACUCGCCUGGUGAUACUGGCAGCAACCACAACUCCGUGGACGGCUCCUCACAGCACGAUGAUGUCUCCAACGGGCUUCACUCCCUUGAGGUACUCGAGAACCAGUCUUCAAAGUACACCUUCACAGUGCAGAAUGGUCUUAUCAACGUGAUGCCCUCAGAACUUAUGGUGGCCAGUGGAGAUUCAAACUGACAGCCAGUGACCAGCAGCAACCAUCAUCAAAACUUUGUCAUCACCAUCAUAAUCACCACCAUCAUCACUCAACCUCCACAUCUGUACAAAGGACACCACACCUGGCAUUCAGAAUGCAUCGCAACCAUGUGUACAUAUCUCAAAAAGAAGCUACUGACAUUGUCGAUGAAAGACAGACAUCUGAUGCUACCAUGUGUGUGUUUGACACCUCGACAGCUGCUUACGAUAUGCGUGGCGUGCCUGUGCAUGGUGUUCAAUGAUAGUCUAGCAAUGCAAGUGCUCCUCCCUUUUUCCUUUGUGCCUAUCAUAGUUAAGCAAACUAUACGUGACUAUAUGGUUGGUUUCUCGACGGUUUUAUAUCUUCUGAAAUAACUGCCUUAAUUUUUUUGUAUGUACAGCAUGCAGGGUUGCAGUGUAUUGAAAACAUAUCAAUGCCAACGAAUAAGCGGAAAUGUGUUUCUAGGUGAGAUUCCAAAUUUGUGAAUUACGUUGAAGUGCCAAGAACUGCAAAAUUACUCACUAGGUCAGAAAAUGUACCAACAAUUAGAGUACCACUUUUCUUUUUUAUUGAAGAUGUGAACCUUCGCUCUGCCUGUUGCAAUGGUUUCAUGUUCUGAGCCUACAACUACUUUCUUUAAGAUCUCGUCACUGAAGCAGUAAGCCUAGCUGCAAUUAUGGAAUUCUGCGCCAAGAGAGCUUGAAAGUUGCAUUUUGUGUGAAAUGCUGGGUAUUUUGGUACCACACUUGCAGCGCCAUUGCUGCCGAGUGAGACCCAAUUUGCUUGCAAGUGUGAAAGUAUGUGACAGUAAACAUGUAUAUAUAAACUUCUCAAUAAGAAAGCAUGUGACAGUCUGGGUUUUGUUUUUAAUGAGUAGCUUGGUAAGUCAAUACGUGUCAUGCGCACAUUUAGUUUAUGCUCUGAUAAGAGCAUCAUUUUGCUUGCGCUGGCUAAAAUUAUUGUAAGUUCUACGGACAGGUUAGUGUGACCCAUGUGCAUGCGUACAUGUGCAUUGUCAUAUCAAUGCUUGAUGUUGCCCCUUUAAGCAAAAGGUGCAAUGGACAAAUGCCAUUGAGAGGAUGGAAAUCGAAGUGCUGUUCUGUGUGAUUUGUUUCUGUAGUAAAAUACAGGCUUAAAUUCUGCAACUUAUUAAUUCCAAACAAGCACAUGCUAAUGCAAGCUCUGUACAUAUACGUUGGUAAAUAGUUGAACAUUUUUUUUUUUAAUGUAAUAAAGAGAGGUGAGAGUUUUACUGUUUCCCGAGUGAAAAUAUCAUACUUCAGAAAUGUCAUUUAGGUCACCAUGGUCAUUUCUUAAUAGCAUUGGCAAUGUAUUUUCUGGAAGAAAGCAUCAGUGAGUUGUUGAUGCCACUUGUUUGCAUUACUAACAGAACCGGUACUUAAUGCAAUGAAAUACCAUGCAAGUUGUGUACCUCCUGAGGUGUUUCACACCUUGGUUUUGAUUAGAGCUUCUCAGUGAAAUUCGGCCAGCAUACGUAUCACGUGUUCUUAGCCAUCACAUUGUGUUGUCCUUAGAGCUAAUGUCACACCUACUAACAUAUGCACUUUUGUACUUGUACAAAUCGAAACAUGUUCCCUCUACUGGUCAUACGAUGUGCAAGGUGUUCUUAAUUUUUGUGUUUUACUGUUGCAGUAGCCUGAAAUGUGUGCUUGUUACAAUUAAAUUUCUUAUUGAUGA